AAGUUUUAUGAUUCACAGAAGGCAGGGUGUAUGUAGAAUAUAUUCAUAUUAAAGAACUUUUUUAAUUCCAGCUAAAGUUCUAAGAUGCUGGGAAAUUAUACGUGACAAGAUGAACCCUGGGUCAGAUUUGAGAUUCACAGCUUCACGGAGGAUGUGCAAAUAGGCUUGUUCCAUCCUAUUGUGGGCGAAAGAUUUGCCACUUUUCCGCCAGUACUUAUGUGGAUUUCAUGCGUGCCAAAUUAUGCGUUGAGGAAUAUUAUGAAAAUAGAUAUAGAUUUUCUCAUCCAUUAUAACGUAUAGGAAGUUGUAUAUUUCAAGAAAGGGGUGUAACCCAAAGCCACAUGCGAACGUAAAAAAUAAAAUAAAGGGAAAAACAACUUAACCUACAGACGUAGUCUUUAUCAGGUGGUUAACAAGUCGCGGUGUCUCCCUAAGAGUUACAAUUACGCCGGAUUUUUUAGGUUCCAAUGAUAAAAAUGGUUAGAGAAAUAACAGAUCAUCUAACGUCCGAAACUAACAGCGGUGGAAGGCGAAAUCUGGCGUGGUUGUUUCAUUUCAUUGAGAAUUGAAAUGCCGGGAAACACGUACGAUUACAUCAAAAGGGUGUUCAAUACGUAUCAUUGAACAUUUAUGACACUACAUGACUGGGAGAGAGGAAACAUUGCAAUUCUUGUAUGUCGAGGCUUACGGAUCUUGUGUGCUGAGGAUGAAGAUACUCGUUGCUUUCUAUUCACUCCUAUUGACUUCAUAUCUGCGGACAAUAUUCGGCAGACCCACAUCAAACUCGUCUUCGAAAAUUGAUAUCAUGGCCACCCUUCAGAGAUCCAAGAGAGAGUUCUUAGAUAAUGAUUACGAUGAUUAUUAUAAUGAUUUAGAGCUCGAAAUACUAGAGAGCAAAAAUGAACUUCUACAGAAAGCCAUUCUGCCCCCCGAUCUACCAGUAUCAUCGAGUGUAAAGAAAAACAUUAAGUUGCUGACAGAUUCGCCGAAAUAUGCUCCGGAGUAUAUGUUGGAUCUCUACAAAACUUACUCAGAAAAAAGAUUGUCACGUCCGUCAUCAGACAUCAUUCGAAGUUUCAUGAACGUAAAUAUCGGAGGCGUGACAACAACACCUGCUUCCAACACUGGGACGAGAACGAGACUACACACCAUGGUUUUCAACAUCACCAGCAUUUCCGUGGAAGAACAAAUUGAUCUAGCCGAGUUGAGGCUAUACACUCUUGUCGAGCGAGACAGAAAAUUUUAUAUAGGGGUCGACAGAAAAGUGUCGGUGUAUGAAGUGACAGACGAGAAUGUUGGGUAUCAUCUCAUAGACACACAACACAUAUAUGGUAGAGAUAGUGGAUGGGAAACAUUUGACGUCACUUCCGCAGUGAGGCGGUGGGUUACAAAACCAAGCUCCUUGCAGAUUUUAGAAAUAAGAAUAGAAAGUGUCAUUCACAGUGUGGCAAAUGGCGAUUUAGACAUUCUAACAACACCAAAAAAUAAAAAUGAACCUUUGUUAGUAGUAUUUUCAAGUGACAAACAAAAGUUACAAUUACACAAGACUGAGAGACACGAGCUAAUCACUCGAGAAGAGAGUUUGUACGAUUUUCAAUCCCCAUUAACUGUAUCAGACAGUGCAGGUAAUUCCAAAAUUACAAACUCUAGUGAAUAUGAAUUUCACAACCGUGUCAAAAGAAGAGGACGACGAAGUGGUGGUAUGUGCAGGAGAAAACCAAUGACGGUUAACUUUGCAGAUAUCCAGUGGGAUACGUGGAUACUAGCUCCGUCGUCUUAUGAAGCAUACGAGUGUGUUGGUAAAUGCCAUUUCCCUGUUAAUGAGCGUUUGUCUCCUUCCAAACACGCUAUAAUUCAGUCGAGACUCCAUCUAACUAUGCCGAAGAAAUACCCUAGGGAAAGCUGCUGUGUUCCCACUAAAUUAGAUUCCAUUUCAAUUUUGUACUUUGAUGAAUCGGGUGUUCUGACAUAUAAACCAAAGUACGACGGCAUGGUCGUGAAAGAGUGCGGAUGUCGGUAACGGAAGCAGUGAUUUUGAGAGUAGUAGAACUUCAACUUCCGUGAUAACUUUCGCCACGUUUCGCCAAAGUGUUCAGAACAUCAAGCGAAUUAAAAGAGGAAGGAAAGGCACAUCGACUUGAAAGGUAGCCGGUGCUGUUUUGUUAUCGUGUACAUUCGCUCGGAGAAGGAACAUAAAACAUCGAGUACCAGUGCAUUUCCAAAUUUAUCGAUGAUGCUACAAAACUGACUUGAUAAGUAAGAAUGUCAAAGUCUUAAAAUAGCACGUAAGUCGAUCACAUUUUGUUAAAUGCAUUUGCAAUUAUCUCUGUUAAUCAGGAACAUGUUAACAGUCAUGCAUCUGCAUUCGCCGAAAAUUUCAGAUCUUUGAUGGGCGUCGGAACAGUUGAGAAUUAAUUGUCUGUGGAGCUGGCCCCUGCAACCUGCCCUGUAUUGACCCUCGAGUUGAUACUUUUAUCAUACAAUGCACAACUCCCUUAAAAAAACCAAAUGCACAGCACAAGAACAGUAAAAAUUUCAAAGGGCAACGUCACACAAAACCACGCCUAUGAAAGAAUCAUACUUGGAUCUCUGAAUGAACAAGCGUCUUUUAAAUGCAGAGGAAUUUUAUCAAACAAAAAUUUUAUGCCAAGACCACCUACAACUUGUUCAAGAAAGCACCGAGAAUGUUUUCUGUAGAAGACACGUAAUGUCCAUAAAGAAAAUGCUGCAUGUUGUUAAUUCUAAUAAUGAUUUAUUUUGACAUUUGUUCAAUAAAUUCUUGUUUUCCUUGUU